AUGCAUAAGGCGGAUACGAUCAGCACGUUGUGCGAGGCCACGGAGCCUGGCGUGAUAACGCGAGACAUGCUUGUUUCUCUAGCGAUAGAUCAGGGACCAAAGAAAGAAGGUGGCAGAUUGUUUCGUCAAGAUGGGAUCGAGCUGGCCGAAUUGGAGGAAAUUCGAAUCGAAUUCCUGAAGAUUUUAAAUAUCGAUCAUCUCUGGCUAUUGAAAAAUAUAGUUAAACUAUCACUGUCUCAUAAUGUUAUUCAACGAAUCGAGAAUCUGAACGAGCUUUGCCACUUGAAAGAAUUAAAUCUCUCGUUUAAUAGUAUCAAAAUUAUGGAAAACUUGAAUAAUCUGCAUCAGCUAGAAAUUUUGCUUCUAUAUAGUAACGAGAUCUCGAUCAUACAGAAUAUAAACGAUUUGAAGAAGUUGACCAUUUUGAACAUUGGUAAAAACAAUAUCGAUGACUGGAAUCAUGUUGUAUAUCUACGCGAUUUCAAAUCGCUCAAAAGUUUAAAUACAUCCGACAAUCCUUGCACGAAGAUAGACGGAUACCUGGACUAUUUGUUAGCAUUUAUACCCCAAUUGACUUAUUGCCAAUAUAGAAUGAUAUCUGAAAAUGAGCGUCAAUCCGCCAUCGAUAAGCAUUAUCGUAUAAUUAGUAAUCUCAAAGAAAACGAGGCAAAAAAGCAAACAGAAUUGGAGUUGCAACAAGAAUUUGAAAAUAAAACUGUAUUACUAUUUGCAUCAUAUGUGGAGCAUCUUGAUGAAGAUUAUUUAUUCCAACAAAUAUUUUCUUCUGAUAAAGCAGGCAAAACGUUAUCCACAAUAAACGAAAAUACACAAAAUAUAUUCGAAGAGUACCAAAAGUCUUUCGUUGCAAUAUGCCAUGAAUUAUACGAAUUAGGUUUACGAGAGAAUGAUAGGAGAGUGGAGGAAAUUAGAUUAUUUGAAGUUGUGGUUAAUGAAGGCAAGAAAAAUAUGCAAAUUGAAGCAAGAAGAAUUAUAAAUGAAAUACUUGAAAAAAAGACAAGGAUAUUUGCAAAUAUAAAAGAUGAGAUGGAAACUUUAGUAGAAAAACCGGAGCAAGAAGUUGAGAGUACUAUCGCAAACGCAAGAGAACUAUUUAAUGAAUUCAAUGAUUUAUUGUCUAAGACACAAAAUCAGUUACUAUCUAAAGAAAUUAUAUUGCAUGAUCAAAUGGAGGAUGUAAACGAAGUGUUCAGGAUAAAUAUAACAUCUAUGGUCAACUCAUUCCUAGAAAUUGCACGAGAACACUUUUCACUAUUACGAAACACAGAAAAAGAAUAUAAUAACGCGAUUGAAUUAGUUUUACAUUCUCUAAAUAAUUUUGAGGAUGAGGCAUUUCAUCUUAAGGAUCUGUGCUGUGAUAAAGAUACUUUGGCUGCUAUUCUUACUGCCUCGCAUGAAAUACACUUACAAGUGAUAGAUGAUCGAGAAAAGAUCAUGAUAAACCGUCUCAAUAAUUGGCUUAAGGAGUACAUCAAUCGAUUAUUUGCGGAUGAGAAUAAAAGGAAUCGUCAGCAAAUACUGGAAAUUUCACAUUUCUUUGAAUUUCAACGUCAACAACUUAAUUCGUUAAGCUUACCACAACAGCUAGACUUGAUAAACAUUGAUCUAGGCGAUGACGAUAUGUUGAAAAAUUAA